AUGGCAGACUGGAAACUGCCCAUGGCUUACAACUUCAACCCGUCGUAUCAUGCAUACGCUUACGGGCUCAUGUACCCACACGGGCCUGAGCAAAACCAUCAAAACUUGAGCUGGGCAGAGGCCGCCUACAAUCACCCGGGAGUCGGUGGAGGUUAUUACUCUACGCCGCCGCCGCAUCAGUCGCCACCACGGAAUUCGGAAGAUAACCACACAGCUAAUUCACACUUUCCUAGUUCUGUUCUGUAUUUCGGCGACUCGCACACCCAGAAUGGUCGCCUUUUCCUUUCCCAUCAUCAACCUGAGUUCAACCAACGACCAAGGGAGAGCGAGCGGGCAAGCAGCGACACUCCAAGCGACUCUGAGGCUCACACGCCAGAUUCCUGGAGUUCGGGGAGUAGCAGGGAAGGGUGCCCCACACGUGCUGCCACAUCCUCCUGGGGAGAGAGAGAGGAGGAGGAAGUAGAUAGUGGAAGUCCCGACAGCAGCGGACACGUUUCCAGCUCUCUGACUGUAAGAGAUGAGGAGACACCUCAUGUUACAGUGGAAGGAGAGGAGCAGACCCAGCUGACCUCCCAAAAAGCUCCACCUCAACCCCGGAAGGCCAAGGCACGCACAGCUUUUUCGGAGGACCAGAUGAUCGCCCUGACCCAUCGGUUUAGUGUUCAAAGGUAUCUUACUCCAGCGGAGAUGAAGACUCUUGCAGGCAUAACAGGCCUUACUUACAAACAGGUGAAGACUUGGUUCCAGAACCGCAGGAUGAAGUUGAAGAGACACCAGAAAGACAACAGCUGGGUAUCUGAAAGGUAUCCCAACUCUGGCUAUCCCAACAUGCCCCUGCACUCUCAGUUCCAGACAGACUCCUCCGCAAUGCCCCAGGACCAGUACUCCAACACACAGUUCAGAGAGGCUGUUUUCAAGAAGACUCCUCCCCAAACUCCAACUUACUAUCACAACUACCCCCGCCCACCUUCACCCCAACAACCCCCAACACGAGUACAGAGUGGAUGGAGCCUGCCCCCUGUUGCCCACUAUGAAUACAACACCAACAAUUACAGUGGCGUGAAUGGCAACAAUAGCAUCAACAGUGACGACGGAACGCCAGUGGAUGCGAUUGAAAGUCCAAGUCGCAUGGCAGUGGUGCAGAGUGGCACUCAAUGGUCGACAUAA